GUUCUCGUCAUGGUGCUGUUAAAAGUGAUUAAAUAUCUAAUUGGCUGCGUUGUGCGUGUCUGCAAUGAGCUGUCCCAGAAUAUGUAUUCACUGAACAAGAUGUUUAAAUAUCAUUUGCUCGAGGCGAAUUAGCGACGAAGUUUAAUUUAAUCACAUAUAUAAACACUCACACAUGCACACACACACACACAUGUACCUGCCCAGAAUUAUAUCCAGUUAUACCCACACACUAUAUGUCAAGCAAAAUGUUAAUUAAAUCUGCUUCUUUGGGCUUCAAUAAAUUUUUUUUGC